CGUAUAUCUUUUUCUCCUUUCGUUUUCUUCCCAUUUUUUUCUUCUCUGCCUUUUUCCUUUCUUCUUCUUCUUCUCCUUCUCAAACUCAUCACGACCACACCAUUUUACUUCGUGUUUUCCUUCUUGAGUUCGCUCAUCUUCAUUUAUUCAGAAUUGAACCCUUUUUUUUUUCUCUCUUUUAAUUUGUUUGAUUUAAUUAUUUAAUCCGAUCCAUUGCCGCGAUGGAGGCGGCGGAGCUCACAUCCGGUGCCAGCGGGCGUAUAAUUCCGGUGUUUAGAAACCUCCGCCGCUCAGUUUUCUCCUACGACGCCGUUCUGAGGGGUUUUGUUUUCAUUAAAUCUGUUUUCUUAUGGAUGAUCCUCCUCCUCCUCCCUCGCCGCCACCGCCCUGGGUCGCCUCCGUCGUCUCCGGUUUCCGAUUCUGAUUCUGAUGUCUGGUUGAAGAAGAAGAAAAUUAGGAAAGACGAGGAGGAUACUUUACGACGCAGAGCUCUUGCCGAGGCCUUGCAGAUGGUCAGUGACGUAGGUAGGGUGUCUGAUACGACGGAAUCGGAGGAGGAGAUUGGGAAUUGGAAUCCCCGCUGCCUCUGGAGCACCUCCUUGUUCUUUGGGGUUCGUCACAACGCUUUGUUUUGCCGAUCGUGGCUUCCGGCUUUUGGUGAAUUAAAAGGUAUCAUGAUCAUCAUCCAUGGCCUAAAUGAGCACAGUGGACGAUAUGCUGAUUUUGCCAGACAACUGAACUCCUGCAACUUUGGAGUCUAUGCAAUGGACUGGAUAGGUCAUGGAGGCAGUGAUGGUUUGCAUGGCUAUGUACCCUCUUUGGAUCAUGUUGUUGCAGAUACUGGAUCUUUCCUGGAAAAGGUCAAGAGAGAUAACCCCGGUAUCCCGUGCUUCCUGUUUGGCCAUUCAACAGGGGGAGCAGUGGUGUUGAAGGCAGCUUCAUAUCCCCGGAUAGAGAAGAUGUUGGAGGGCAUCAUUUUGACUUCACCAGCUCUGCGUGUGAAGCCUGCUCAUCCAAUUGUCAGUGCUGUGGCCCCGAUAUUUUCACUUGUUGCUCCAAGGUACCAGUUCAAAGGCUCUCACAAGAGGGGCAUUCCAGUUUCAAGAGACCCUGCAGCACUAGUAGCCAAGUAUUCAGACCCUUUAGUGUAUACAGGCCCGAUGAGGGUCCGAACUGGGCAUGAGAUUCUGCGAAUCUCUUCAUACUUGAUGCGCAACUUCAAGUCGGUUACUGUACCAUUUUUUGUCCUUCACGGAACUGCUGACAGAGUGACGGAUCCAUUAGCUUCACAGGAUUUGUACAACGAGGCAGCUUCGGUGUUCAAGGACAUCAAACUCUACGAGGGUUAUUUGCAUGACCUCCUCUUUGAGCCUGAGCGCGAAGACAUUGCUCAGGAUAUCAUCAAUUGGAUGGAUAAGAAAUUGAACUUUGGGAAUUUUAACAAUGCAAAUAGUUUUUGCUAGAGGAAUAUCAUAGCUCAGUUAGGGUGGGGAGAACUGCCUCAAUUCUGCGAUCUAUUCUGGCUACUGGCUAUUAGUGUCGCUUAUGAACUCCUGUAGAAGAUUUCAGUUUUUCUCUUGCUGCGUGUAAAUGUUUCCCAAUUAUCAUAUGUAUAAAUGUUCAAAUUCAAAAAGAUUUUUGGAAAAGAUUACUGGCGUUGUUUCUCUAUGGCUGAUGAUAGUCAUCACUACCCAUUAUACCCUCCCUACAGAUUAGCAUGGCAUUUGUGCCGUAGGUAUUUGUUAUGUUACAAAUGUACUCCCUCUGUUAUGAAAUUAUUAUGCAGCUUGGAUUUUUAUUUUUAGUACAAAUUAAAUUA